CGCGAGGAUGCUCCGGCAAGCAAAACGUCGGAAUUCUCACUUUAAUCGACCGUGACAUUGUCGGGUAAAGCGAUAUAUCCUGUAAUAGUGGACGUUGUGCAUUGCGAAGCCUGGGUCGGUUCGUUGAAGGACAGAGAUGUAAAAGCGAAGGAGAGCACAGCAAAUCACUUGAUUACAAAGCCUGAUGUUCAUCUCUGGAUACUAAUUUAAACAGCUCUAAUGGAGAACACGGGCUCACCGGUGGUCUCGCUGGAGCAGCAGGUGGAGAGUGUGGAGAGGAGCAUCAUGUUUCUGAGACAGGAGCAACUGUCUCUGCUUCAUGGACUACACCUGGAGAUUCUGUCCCUUCAGAAACGCUGUACAGGGCUUACACAAGAACUCAACAUCAAGUCCUCAGGCAGGAGUGGAGCAGAGGUGCAGGAGGAAGAGGAGCUGCUGGCAGCUCGUUGUCAGGAAGUUGAGGAGCAUUUGCAGGAUCAGCAGCAAAUGCAUAGUGACUUGCAAUGGGAGCUGAGCCAGAAGGCAGUGCUGGUGGGCUCUCUUCGUGCCUGUCUGAAGGAGAAGGAGCGUAGUUUCCUGGAGGAACUCAAACACCGCAGCCACAGGACCACUACACUCAACACCGAGCUGCAGAAGCAGACGGAGACAGCUGCAUUUCUUUCCUUUCAGCUGCAUUCCGCAAAACAGAAACUGCAGCAGCAGCGCAGGAGGCCGGUCCCGGAUAUGCCCCCCCUUCACCCCUGCCCUCAGGCCAGUACCAGCAGCCCGAUUGUCGUCAAACCCAAACGCCGUAGCUCAAGCCGGCCAUCCUCAAAUCUCCGAUCCGAGCGCAGUAGGGAGUGUAUUCCACGUGAGAUGGUGACGGGCCCAGUUGAGCCCAUGGCAAUGCCUGACCCCGCCGUCUUCCUCUAUCACUACAGACACAGAGCUCGGCUCCGCCCACCGCACAGACACGCCCUGCAGGAGGAAGAGGGAGGGAAGGAAUCAGAGGAGCUUGAUCAGGGAGCUUCAGUGAGCAGACUGGCAACAAGUGUAGUGAAAUCCACAGCAACUAUGGCAUCUACUACAAAGAAUAAUGCAGAAUGAGCAUUUCUUGUGUCCCUUGAGACAACCUUGCUUUAUUUACGAAAGUGACAGGUGUUUAUUUUUGCAAUACUGUUUGUUUUUUUACAAUUUGCACUGCAAUGAUGAAUAGACUGAGGAGAAACUUUUGCUAAUGUUCUUGUUGAACAAAAAUCGACUUGUGUUUAUGUUGCUCGAAAGCAUUUUUGUUAUCAGGUGUCCCAAGGGCCUCAGUAAGCAAACAAGUGCUCCAUAAUAACAUAUCCUAACCAGGCACAAUGUGACAACUUUGCAGCGACAUUGCAUGUCCACACUUAAUGCAAAACUGCAAUGGGGAGCAGAAUUUUGUACCAAUGAGAUUUCACCAGUGUUGAGUGUAAUCUGAUUACAAAGUAAUUAGUUACUUUAAUCUAAUUGCUUUUUAAAGUCGAAUA